CCCGGCCCACAGUCCCCACCACAGCCCCGGGACCCCGGCCCACAUCCCCCCGGCCCACAGACCCCGGCCCCUCGCCCCCAGUCUACAGCACCGGCUCCCGGACCCCUCAGCGAGCGCCGGCCGGGGAGCGGGGACACAGGCUGCCGACUACCCCGGCACAUGGACAGCUCCGGGACGCUGCCUCAAGAUGCUGAUAGUUGAAAAGACCACUGACUACCCUUCCACUGAGUAUUCUCUGGUGGAAGAUGUUGCUCUGCACUUUACUUGUUUGAUGGACAGACUGAACGAGCAGCGCCUAUUCCAGCCAGACCUGUGCGACGUUGACAUUGUCCUGGUGCGGCAGAAGAACACUUUCCCCGCCCACAAAGGGGUGCUUGCGGCCUACAGCCAGUUCUUUCACUCCCUCUUCACGCAAAACAAGCAGCUUCAGCGCGUUGAACUCUCGCUGGAGGCGCUGACCUCGCAAGGGUUCCAGCAGAUCCUGAACUUCAUCUACACGUCCAAGCUGCUGGUAAAUGCCUGCAACGUGCAGGAUGUUCUGAAUGCCGCCGCCGUCCUGCAGAUGAAUGACAUUGCCACGUCCUGUCAAGAGUUGAUAGACAGCCGGUCCUUGAACCUGACGACGGUGGUGAGCGACAUGUCAAAGCAGGAGAGCCACGGCAAUCCUCUCGGCUCUCAGUUCUACCGCGAGAUCAAGCAGGAGGUGGACUCGCAUCACAAGAUCUACGCCAGGGAGGGCAACAACCCCUACUCGGUGCGGGUAGAGGACAACACUGGGAAGCAGCACUCGCAGCUACAGCAGAAGCAGCAGUAUUACAAGGAGGAGAACGACAGCCAGGCGGUGUGCAAGAUGGAGGGCGACGGCGAUCUGGACUCGGACUCGGACAGCCGCAGCUCAUACAACCGCGAGCAGAUCAUCGUCGAGGUCAACCUCAACAACCAGACCCUGAACGUCUCCAAGGGCACUGAAGGCAUGUCCUCGCCUUUGGAGACAACGGCCGUGCUGGGGAGGUGCCCCGAGGAGGACGAGGAGGAGGACGAAGAUGAGGAGGAGGACGAGGAAGAGGAGGAGGAGGAGGAAGAAGAUGAGGAAGAUGAGGACGAAGAUGCCGACGUUGGGGACGAGGAGGAAGAUGAGGAGGACAUCAGCGAGGAAGAGGAGGACGCGGAGGAGAGCGAAGAAGACGGGAACAACGACGACAAUAAUCCCGCAACUACUGAGGUCAAGACUGAGAGCGGCCAAACUACCAGGAGGACAGCAAGAGCUUCGACUGCCUCCAAGGCGCCGCCUCCUGUGGCCUCCAGCAGGUCGCGGAGACGGGCCAAGCAAGAAGUGACCACUCGAGGCAGGAAGAGAAAGAAGGACUCCGAUAGCACGAAUCAGAAGGUGAAAAUUGAGGAGAAACAGAACUACCCCUGCAAAAAGUGCCCCCGGGUCUUCAAUAACCGUUGGUACCUAGAAAAGCAUAUGAAUGUCACACACAGCCGAAUGCAGAUCUGUGACAAGUGUGGCAAGAGAUUUGUACUGGAGAGUGAACUGUCACUGCAUCACCAGACUGACUGUGAGAAAAGUAUUCAGUGUGUCACCUGUGGGAAGGCAUUUAAGAAGCUCUGGUCCCUUCACGAGCACAAUAAAAUAGUCCACGGUUAUGCAGAGAAAAAAUUCUCCUGUGAAAUCUGCGAAAAGAAAUUUUAUACGAUGGCUCACGUCAGAAAACACAUGGUUGCUCAUACGAAGGAUAUGCCAUUCACCUGUGAGACUUGCGGGAAGUCAUUUAAACGCAGCAUGUCACUAAAGGUCCACUCUCUGCAGCAUUCGGGAGAGAAACCUUUCAAAUGUGAGAACUGCAAUGAAAGAUUCCAAUACAAGUAUCAGUUGCGCUCUCAUAUGAGCAUCCACAUCGGACACAAGCAGUUCAUGUGCCAAUGGUGCGGCAAGGACUUUAACAUGAAGCAGUAUUUUGAUGAACAUAUGAAGACGCACACUGGGGAGAAGCCGUACAUCUGUGAGAUCUGUGGCAAGAGCUUCACCAGCCGGCCGAACAUGAAGCGCCAUCGUCGCACGCACACGGGCGAGAAGCCAUACCCAUGCGACGUGUGUGGCCAGCGCUUCCGUUUCUCCAACAUGCUGAAGGCCCACAAGGAGAAGUGUUUCCGAGUCACCAACCCCAUCACCCCGGACAACAACCUGGCCUCCAGCCCGCCCCCCAACUCCAACCCCCUCCUCUCCCACCACCACUCCCACCCUCACCCUCACUCCCUCCCGCUACCCCUCCUGCACUCCCUGCCCCCCACCCUGCCCCCGCCCCACCACCUCCCACCCCCUCCGCCACUCUUCCCGGGCAGUCGGAUCAACGCCAACAACAACUGAACGGCAGAGAGCUAUUAUUUCUUCUCCUCUCCGUACAAAAGAGACAAGGAACUCUAACAAUCGGCUGAAGGUGCCCCCCCCCACCCCUUCCUCCCUCCCUCCCUCCCCUCCCAUGUGUGACUCUGAAUAUACUGUUAACUGGGAGGAAAAUAUAACCAAAAGAGGCAAAUGUACUUAAAAGGAUGGGGACUUAAAGUCGACGAACCUUGGAGGGAGGGGGAAGGGGACAAAGAUCAUGACUUGUGUAACGAUAAAAACCUAUUUUGGUGUAUUAUUUACAGUAAGGAUGCAGACAAAUAAUUUUUUUUAACGUAUCAUAUAGGACAAGACUAGUGUGGACUGGUCUCAACCACUCAUAGACUUUAACCGCUCACUAAAAAAACCAACCUGUGUUAGAACACAAAUAUCCCUACAGUAUAUAAUGCAAGAAGGACUCGUGCAGCUUUAUUGCAGAGUGCAUCUCGGGGGUGGGGAAGAAGCUAAGCAAGAGGCCCUUAAUAAAUGUGUUCCUGAUAUACUUACUUAGCAAGGUAAUAUUGGGAGUCUUCCCAUAUCCCGUCACUCCCCUUUUCCCUCGCCUCAAAUCUAUAACCUGCUAUUUUAUUUAACAAGGGUAAGACGAGCUGUGCUUGUGUGUGGCAAGCUUAACUAUUUACUGGAGCGCGUCUAACAGACUUGGCGUUUAUUUUUUAGCAGUCAAUGUGGGUGUUGCGCAAGUGAACCAUGACUUUGGUUAUUAAAGCAUGGAGCCCGCGACCUACUGUGGGAUCGAUUGAAAGGAGAGUGAGAAAGAAGGAGCUCUAUCUUGUGGGGGUGUGCAGAAGCCAAAGAGGGGGGAGACAGACGGGCAAGGUCAGUCGUACGAAGUAGCUCUUCUGGCUAGGAAGCCGUGAGCCUGGGCACAACACUACUUUCUCCUGCCCCUCUGAGCCCACUCCAGCUCACCUUUGCUGUCCUUUGCUUGCAAACUUCAUGUAUGUUUCUGGGGAAUUUUUUUAAUAGCAAUUAGCACUUAAUCAUGGACGGCGUAUCUUCUAACGGGUAAAUACUGUCGUUGCCGUUUUCUUGUUUCCGGAACAUUAAAAAAGAGAAAGGGCAGACUGUGUCAGUACUGGCCAAGGGAUUUUGAUGCAAAGCAGCCGAAUGAAUGGGAGUGAAACUAGUUAGUGUAACACUGAAGGAAAAGUGAUGAAUCCUGCUGAGCACCCGGCAAAAAGGAUGCAAUGAUCUGAGCUGGAGAAUCUCACAUGGUGGCAUUCAGAUGAGGAGCUUUGGGUCACUAAAGUCGCAGCAGCAAUCCUGUCAGUGAUUGUAUGGCUCCAAGCCAUAGUGAGCGAGGGCGUUUGUCCUGUUCAUUAAAUCUUACCUUACUUGAACACGAAAACAGGUGAAUUUUCCUUUCAAAUGUUGCCUUAGAUGAUUGAGUGCGUUGAGUUGCAAGCUUGGAUGGGGCAGUCAAUGAUGGACAUGGAUGCACAUCACAGAAGUGUUUCACCCUCCCUCCCUCCCUCCCCUUCCACCACUUCCAGCAGAUGUGGCUGCCGUUGACUCAUCUGGGGAUGUGCUCCAAUCUCAAUUUACAGUGGUGUCUUUGUGAUAGAGUUGGAGUUUCACGUUUUGGAGAUGAACGGGUAACAUGAUUACUCCAGUGACUUGUAUGUGUUUCAACUGGUAUUUCAAUGUGUGUUUCAGAUAGGGACUUUGUCAAUGCACAGAUGAUCAAACACCAUCAGUUUUUCCUGACCAAGGACUUUCUGAUCUUGUCAGAUAGUGCCCAAGGACAAGGGAAUAUUGGGGUUGAUAGUUGACUUAUGUUGAACUUGCUUGAGCUUGUGGAAGGCUUCUAAUAAGUAGUCAGGCAACAGCAUGGAGAUCCCCAGCAGGAUCACUUACAUUGCUAAGCUUUGCAUCAUACCAAGCAAAGGUAAGUCCAGUUUACCUACCACAUCUUCACCUCAAAAUGGUGGUCUCUGAAAGAUGAACAUUCGCAAGAAGUUAGACACAAAAUGCUGGAUUAAUUCAGUGGGUCAGGCAGCAUCUCUGGAAAAAAGGAAUAGGUUGCGUUUUAGGGCGAGACCCUUCUUCAGACAGGGGAAGGGGAGAGGGAAACUAGAGGUAUGAAAAGAUACAAAGAACAAAUGAAUGAAAGGUAUGAAAAUUACUCAUCAAAGCCAGCAAUGAUGAUCAAGGAAAGGUGGAGUCUACAAUGGCCCAAUGAUAACGAGAAUUCAAACAGUGAAACUAGGCAGGACGGCAGUGGAACUAGCAGGAGGAUGGGGUGGGGGAGGGAAGGCGAGAGAGACAGAGAGGGAAUGCAGGGUUACUUGAAAUGAGAGAAAUCAAUAUUCAUACCGCUUUGUUGAAUUAGGACAGAAUAGACUAUACAUCUAGUCUCCUAUUACAAUUACAGCAGGGUAAGUAGGGGAUCCAAAAGCUAGGUGGGCUUUAAUUGCAGAAGGAUUGAAUUACAAGAGUAAAGUCAGGCUGCAGUUACUUAAGAGGCAUAAGAGACCACUGGUGCUGGAAUAUGGAGCACAAAUAGGGUCAAGUAACAUCAGUGGAGGCAAGUAGUUUCGGGUCAAGACGCUGCAUUAGGACCAAGAGUCGGUCCCGGUGAGAGGUCCCGACCUGAAACGUCGACAAUUCCUGGUCCCUCCACUGAUGCUGCCCAUCCCAUUGUGUCCCUCUAGUAAAGAUAGACACAAAGUGCUGGAGUAACUUACCAGCAUUUCUGGGGAACAUGGAUAGGUGGCGUUUCAGGUUGGGACCCUUCUUCAGAGUUCCUCUAGUAGUUUGGUAUAUCACUGCAGAUACAUGUUGAGACCACAUCUGGUUUUGUUAGAUUGAUUGCUCAGUCCAAGAAUCAUUAUUUGAGGAGAGAUUCAGACUACUGGACGUAUAAUUCCCUGGUGUUCAGAAGAAUAAGAGGAGAUCUCAUUGAAACUUAAGAUUUUAUGUGCCAUGGUAGGAUGAAUGCUGAGAAGAUAGUUGUCCUGGCUGGAGAGUUUAGAUCCAGCAGAUCCUGUCUUGGCCACUUAGGACUAAGAGGAGGAGAAAUUUCUUAACUCUAAUUAAGGCUUGCGAAUGUUUGGAAUUCUCUAUUCCAGAAGACAAUGGAUGGUUAGGUUUUUAAUAUAUUCAAGACAAGAUUGUUAGAUCUUUGGGGUACUAAGGCAAUCAUGGAAUAUAAGGAUUGUAUUGAUUUAUUAUUGUCAUGUGUACCGAGAUAUAGCAAAAAAUCAUGUGUACAUUGUCCCAUGCAAAAGAGAAAAUAAACAGAGUGUAGGAUAUAGCGUGACAGCUGCAGAGAAAGUGCAGAUUUAGAAAAUGUGCAAGGGAUGCAAGUGGAAUAUCGGGAAUUUAUCCCCAGCAUUUAAGUGGUCUGUUCCAGAGUCUGAUAAUUACGGAGGAAACUGGAAUUAGAGUUGAAUAUCAGUGAACUGCAGAGAAUAAAGGGAAUAGCGGCA